AGAAAUGUCGCUGAUAUUUUUGGCGAUUAAUGGUGGGCUGAGUGCCGUCGGAGCGGUAAUAUGUUAUCAAUUAAUUCUGACAUAUAUCCCGAUUUUUAUCGCGAGAAAAAUGUACGGAAACGAUCAGUGUAAGGUAUCAAAUGCUCCAGUACCUGAACCAAUGGGUGUAAUAUGUGCAGCUGUCUACCUAAUCGUAAUGUUCAUGUUCAUACCAUUUCCAUUUCUGGAAUGGAAAGGACAAUCGGAAUUCCCUUACGAGAAGCUGCUGGCUCUGCUUUCCGGAUUAAUAUCGAUUUCAACGGCGAUUUUAUUGGGUUUCGCAGAUGAUAUGCUUGAUUUGAAGUGGAGACAUAAAUUACUUUUUCCGACGUUGAGCUCGCUGCCAUUGCUCAUGGUUUAUUAUGUGUCGGGCAACUCAACUACAGUAAUCGUACCGACAAUUGUCCGUCACCUCGUGCAGCCGAUUGUCCUACUUCCAGUUACCAUUAAUAUCUCAUUCAUUUACUAUAUCUUCAUGGGAAUGGUUAUUGUAUUCUGCACCAAUGCUAUUAAUAUUCUCGCAGGAAUCAAUGGUUUGGAAAGCGGACAAUCACUGGUAAUCUCAGCGUCCGUCUGCCUAUUCAAUUUCGUGCAGAUUUUCCGUUUCUCUGCUGAAAAUAGUACUGGAUUCUGGCAUCAUACCAUCUCGCUCUACUUUUUGCUACCAUUUACUGCGUGUACAGCGAUACUAUUUUAUUUUAAUAAGUACCCAUCUCGUGUAUUUGUCGGUGAUACAUUCUGCUACUGGUCCGGCAUGACACUUGCAGUUGUAUCGAUUUUGGGACACUUCAGCAAGACUCUGAUGCUCUUCUUCGUUCCACAAAUUAUCAAUUUCCUCUAUUCAAUUCCUCAACUUUUCCAUUUGGUACCGUGUCCACGUCAUCGACUACCGAAAUAUGACCCGAAAACUGAUACAGUCAGUAUGAGCAUCGCUGAAUUCAAGAAAACCGAUUUGAAACGACUUGGAGCACUUUUUAUUGCAGUCUGCAAGUCUAUUGGAAUGCUUCAUGUAAAAGAAGUGGAGAAGGAUGGGGAAAUCUAUCUCCAAAUCAACAAUCUGACAAUCAUCAAUUUGGUGCUGAAAUUCGCCGGACCCCUUCACGAGAAGACCCUCAAUGAUGUGCUAAUGAGCAUUCAAAUUCUGUGCUCAUUACUCGCAUUCUUUAUUAGAUUCUAUCUUGCUUCGUUGUUUUAUGAUGUUGUUGAAUAGACUAUUCUAGUUACUAUGUAUAUAGAAAGAAAUUCAGCAGAAAGCAUAGGAAAAGUGGGAAAUAUAUUCAAAUUUACAUUUAUGUAUGUCGAAAAAUCGAAAUUUGAAAAAUUCGAAAAAAUUUUUUUUUUUUUUUGAAAAUCGAAAUUUUUAAUUUUUCGUUUUUUUUCAAUUUUUUUCCAAAACUUCUAGUUUUUCGAUUUUUAACUACUUUUUUGCUGAAAUUUCCCAAAAUUUGACACUAUUUCUAGUGACCAUAAUAACUAUAUAUAUAUAUAUAUAUAUAUAUAUAUAUAUAUUAGGUCUCCAAAUAAAUUCCGGGUCAAAAAUCAUAACUUUGUUCGCUGCGUAUCAAUUUUUAUGAAACUUUGGGAAUCCAUAUUAUCAACCAUGAUCUUUCAUUUGGCAAUAGUCACAAAAUUUUUUGGCCAUCCAAAGUGCCCCCUAACUCGGAGCCAAUUUUAUCAGACAUUUUUCAGAUCUCGCUUCUUUUCUUAGGUUUCAAUUGAGGUUUGUGUGCGGAUUUUACCUAAUUUUAAUACACAAUGCAAGAAAACAAAAAAAGUUUGGAAAAAAAUCCGUCCAAAAAAAUUUUUUUUUGUCGGUCGUCAAAAAAUCCGUCCAAAAUUCUUGAUUUUUUAUACAAAAAUGAUGUAACCAUGUGAAAACUAUUUUUACACAAACAAAACAUUUGAGUUUAACUUUUGGAUGUGUAAAAAUAGUUUGUACAUGAUUACAUCAUUUUUGUAAAAAAGAUCAAGAAUUUUUGACAAAAAAUUUUUUUUUGAAGAUUUUUUGACGACGGACAAAAAACAUUUUUUUUGAACGGAUUUUUUUCCAAACUUUUUUUUGUUUUCUUACAUUGUGUACUAACUAAAUUUAGCAAAAUCUGCACACAAACCUUAAUUGAAACCUGAAAAGAAGCGAGAUCUGAAAAAUGUCUGAUAAAAUUGGCUCCGAGUUAGGGCACUUCGGAUGGCCAAAAAAUUUUGUGACUAUUGCCAAAUGAAAGAUUUUUCAAAUUUCGAUUUUUCGACAUACAUAAAUGUAAAUUUGAAUAUUUCCCAUUUUUCCUAUGCUUUCUGCUGAAUUUCUCUCUGUUUUUGAUACUUCCUCUUUUAAUUUAUAUUUCAAGUGCUUUAUAUAUUCCAUUGUGAUUCUUCCAUCCAAUUUUUCCAUUGCCAGGUUUUUUCAUUGUUUUUGGGUACUUUUUUGGGUUCUACAAUUAAGUUUUAUUUAUUUA